AUGCGGGAUCCCGGCGCCGCCCGGACGCAGCCGGGACUCGUCCACCAGCUCGGUCCUGUUCUCGCCCUUUUCUGUGUAGCCUACCUUGUCUAUACUACGGGGCUCGCUGUCUACAAUCUCUUCCUCUCUCCCCUGGCCAAGUUCCCGGGCUCCAAGCUGGCAGCCGCGACGAGCUGGUAUGAGUUCUACUACGACUACUGGCUCGACGGCCAGUACAUCUUUGAGAUUGAGCGCAUGCACAAAAAAUAUGGGCCCAUCAUCCGCGUCAACCCGGACGAGCUCUCAAUUCACGACCCGGCCUUCUAUAACGAGAUCUAUGUGACCGAGAGCAAGCGGCGCACAAACGCCUACGACGUCUUUUGCAAGGGCAUCGACUUUGACGGGUCGCACCUCUUGACAGCGGAUCACGACCUGCACCGCCGCCGCCGCAAGCCACUGGAGCCGUUUUUCUCGCGCAUGGGCAUCGCCCGCCUGCAGCCCAUGCUGGCCGAGGUGGCGCUGCACCUCGAGACGCGCCUCCGCGACCUAAAGGGCUCCGGCAAGGUCAUCCGCCUCGACCACGCCUUUUCGGCCUUUUCCGGCGACAUCAUUGGCCGCAUCUGCCUCGACGGCGGGUCCGGCGGUAGCCGUUUUCUUGAUGACCCGGACUUUGCGCCCGACUGGUAUAACGUCAUCCACGCCAUCGUGCGGUCCAUUCCGCUGUUCACAGGCUUCCCCUGGCUUGUGCGCGUCGUCAGCUGGAUCCCGGAAAGCGUUUUGCUCUGGGCGUACCCCCGCGGGCAGAUGUUUAACAUUUUCAAAGAGAGAGCAAAGCAACACAUCCGGCGUGCCAUGACGUCAGCUACAGCAGCGCACGGCGCGGAAAAGGGUCAUGAAGAAGACGCAUCUUCGCUCUUCCACCACAUCGUCAACAAGAGCGACAUGCCCGAGUCGGAGCGGUCCGAGGAGCGCCUCUCCAAGGAAGCCCAGGUGCUGCUAGGCGGCGGCACCGCCAGCACGGCGCGCACCAUUGGCUUCGCGUCUUUCUACAUUCUGUCCCGACCCGCCAUUCGUGCUCGGCUCGAGGCAGAGCUCAGCCCGAUCAUGGCUAGCUGGCCGACGCGCGUGCCCUCGUGGGCCGAACUGGAGCGGUUGGCGUUUUUGCAGGCCAUCAUCAAGGAGUCGUUGCGCCUCAGUUAUGGUGUCAUGCACCGCCUCCCGCGCAUCUCUCCCGACGUGCCCAUCCAGUACAAGAACUACACGAUCCUUCCCGGUGCCCCUGUCGGCAUGUCGGCGUACCUGAUGCACUCGGACCCAGACGUUUUUGCCUCGCCUGGCGAGUUCACCCCCGAACGAUGGCUGCGACAAGACACAAUUGGUAACAUGAACAAGAGCUUCGUGCCUUUUUGCCGGGGCUCGCGGAAUUGUCUUGGGAUGAAUCUAGCCAUGGCAGAGAUGAGCCUGAUCCUGGCCGUCUUGUUCCGGCCCAACGGGCCCGAGUUCGACCUGUUUGAGACGGACGAGAGCGAUAUCAGGCAGGCACACGACUUUCUCAUCCCUCUGCCCAAAAUCACCACAAAGGGGGUACGCGCCCUGAUUCGCUAGCCCCGGUGCGCGUCACAGAUACAAUCAUGAACUUUGGUAGAGGAGGGCUGAUGAUGAUACGUAAUCCCGUUUGUCGAAGAAAGAGAAGCAGGUAAAAGAUUGGCACAUUGGACAGAGAGUAUCAAAUCAUGGCUGCAUAGAACGCCUCAACCGAACUAUCAGUUUUGCCCCUGCCUGCAUUCCCGUUCCAAUUCGUGCGGUACGGCGCGUUGAGUUCAAGUUGUAAAGGAGGGUGGGGUGCCUUUGGUCAACCGAAACCAUAGGUACAAACGUUGGGCAUGCAAGGACUUGUGUGUGAUGUUACCUGGUGUUACUCUUAUCGG